UCAUUUCACUACAAAGCAACAACAAUAUCUAAUUUGCCCAUUUUCAAGAGCAACUCUAGAAGCCAUCUCCACCAUCCAUCCACCAUGGAUAUGUGGGAUUCCUUCAAAGAUUUCCACCACCGCCACGAAGCCAUCUUAGCACAACGCCCCCGACUUCAUGGCAACAGUGGAGGGAGAGUGGAGUGGAGUGAGACCCCGGAAGCUCACGUGCUCAGGGCUGAGCUUCCUGGGCUCAACAAAGAGGAAGUGAAGGUGAAGGUGAAAGAGGGCAAAUUCUUGAAAAUUAGUGGAAAGAAGAAAGUGGAGAGAGAAGAUAGGCACGAGAAUUGGCACCACGUUGAGCGUAGUAAAGGCAAAUUCUCUAGGGUUUUCACCCUACCGGAGAAUUCGAAAAGCGAUAGCGUGAAAUCGCAUUUUGAUAAUGCGAUUCUCACCGUUACCAUUCCUAAGAAAUCUCUUGUUGUUAAGGACUUUGAAAUUAAAGGUUGAGAUUGUUUCUCGUGUUAUUCCUAAUAGAUUUUAGUAUUUUUUUCUGGUAUUAUAUGAUUGUACGUUGCAUAAUGGAAAUAUAUCAUUAUUAAUUAUAUCUAUAAUUUUUUA